CGUGUUCGUCGUAGCCAGAGGCUGGACGAGAUCCUGAUAGCCGCAGCGACCAGGAUCCGGGAUCAUUCAAGGAAGAAAGGAUGCCAGGGGGGCGCAGGGGCCUGGUCGCCCCGCAAAACACAUUCCUCGAGAACAUCAUACGACGGAGCAGCAGUCAACCUGACAGCAGUUUUCUCCUGGCGAACGCUCAGAUCGUCGACUUCCCUAUUGUCUAUUGCAACGAAAGCUUUUGCAAAAUCUCUGGCUAUAAUCGUGCCGAGGUUAUGCAAAAGUCCUGCCGCUGCGGAUUCAUGUACGGGGAGUUGACGGACAAAGAGACGAUCGCCAGGAUCGAGGAAUGCCUCGAGGGCCAGAUUCACGAUCAAUUCGAGAUCCUGCUGUACAAGAAGAACAAAACACCACUAUGGCUGCUUCUACAAAUAGCGCCAAUAAAGAACGAACGGGACCUAGUGGUCCUGUUCCUGUUGACCUUCCGGGACAUCACUGCCCUGAAGCAGCCAAUCGAGGCAGACGACAGCAAGGGUGGCCUCUCCAAAUUCGCCAAGCUCGCCAGAUCGGUCACCAGGUCGAGAUCUGUUCUUGUCUCACAAUUCAGCUCCCAUCUGCCCGCCCUCAAGGAUUCAGCGUUGCCAACCACCGCGAAGCAAUCACACUUAGCUCAUAUGAUGUCCUUAAGCGGCGACGUGAUGCCGCAGUACAGACAAGAGGCGCCAAAGACCCCGCCGCACAUUUUGUUACAUUACUGCGCGUUCAAGGCGAUUUGGGACUGGAUCAUUUUAUGUUUGACUUUUUACACGGCCAUCAUGGUGCCCUACAACGUCGCGUUCAAAAAUAAAACCAGCGAGGACGUGUCCCUGCUGGUUGUCGACAGCAUCGUUGACGUCAUAUUCUUCAUCGACAUUGUCCUCAACUUUCACACCACGUUCGUUGGCCCUGGUGGCGAGGUGGUGUCUGACCCUAAGGUGAUCAGAAUGAACUACCUGAAAUCAUGGUUCAUCAUCGACCUGUUGAGCUGCCUACCGUACGACGUGUUCAACGCGUUCGAUCAUGACGAGGACGGGAUUGGAAGCCUGUUUUCAGCGUUGAAAGUGGUCCGUCUGCUCCGUCUUGGUCGGGUCGUUCGAAAACUAGACCGGUAUCUGGAGUAUGGAGCCGCGAUGCUCAUUCUACUGCUCUGUUUCUACAUGUUGGUUGCUCACUGGCUGGCCUGUGUCUGGUACUCGAUAGGAAGGUCAGACGCCGAUAACGGAGUCCAGUAUUCCUGGCUGUGGAAGCUGGCGAACGUCACCCAGUCCCCGUACAGUUACCUGUGGACCAAUACCAGCACCGCGCCUGAAUUAGUUGCGGGACCGUCCAGGAGAACCAUGUACGUCACCGCAUUAUACUUCACGAUGACUUGCAUGACUUCGGUGGGAUUCGGUAACGUCGCCGCCGAAACCGACAACGAGAAGAUUUUUACCAUCUGCAUGAUGAUCAUUGCCGCUCUGUUAUACGCCACCAUCUUUGGUCACGUGACUACGAUAAUCCAACAGAUGACAUCCGCCACGGCCAAAUAUCACGAUAUGUUGAACAACGUGAGGGAAUUCAUGAAGUUGCACGAGGUGCCGAAAGCUCUUAGCGAACGCGUGAUGGAUUAUGUGGUGAGCACUUGGGCGAUGACCAAGGGCCUAGACACUGACAAGGUACUCAACUACUGCCCUAAAGACAUGAAGGCGGACAUUUGCGUUCACCUGAACAGGAAGGUGUUCAACGAGCAUCCUGCGUUCAGAUUGGCCUCCGACGGUUGCCUUCGGGCCCUGGCGAUGCAUUUCACGAUGUCCCAUAGCGCACCGGGUGAUCUAUUGUAUCAUACAGGCGAGUCGAUCGAUUCAUUGUGUUUCAUCGUGACUGGAAGCCUCGAGGUAAUCCAAGACGACGAAGUGGUCGCCAUUCUCGGCAAGGGCGACGUGUUCGGGGACAGCUUCUGGACAAACUCGAUCGUGGGACAGAGCGCUGCCAAUGUUCGAGCUCUGACCUAUUGCGAUCUUCACACAAUCAAGAGAGAUCGACUGUUGGAGGUGUUGGAUUUUUACCAGGCCUUCGCCAACUCGUUCGCUAGGAAUCUCGUUCUCACUUACAAUCUUAGUCAUCGGCUAAUUUUUCGGAAAGUGGCCGAUGUCCGUCGGGAAAAGGAACUUGCCGAGAGAAGAAAGAACGAGCCACAGUUGGAUCAAGCUCAGGAUCACCUGGUGCGAAAAAUUUUUUCGAGGUUCCGCAGGGAGAGACACACUGCCGACGUGGAGAAGGGUGAUGGAAAAGAUGGAAAGGAGGGGAAAGAAGGCGAGUCCUCGCAUAGCAGAAAGGUGUCCAUCGCGGACGACAACACUGUGGUGAAGGGGGGGCGGGCUGGAAAGUGGGGACGACUUUUAGGAAGCUCCAGCCUGGACUCUGGAAGCGAGACGGGAACUGGCGUGGAUACGUUCAAACGUUCUUUAAGCGCGAGAGACGCCCGUCCCAGCUCGAGUGCAGGUAGCAAUAAAGUGUUUCCAAAGUUCGGCAAGUUGAGCGGCACCAUCGAGGAAACGGGGGACGGGGAAAGCGCGGGGAAAGAGAGCCAACAGCUGCAACAACAACAGCAACAAAAUGUCGCGGACUCGAAGCAGCUUCAGCUUCGUCGACUGGAAAGUUACGACGAUGGAUUGAUCACCACCCAGCCGAGCCACGAUCGCGAAAUUCUAGCCGCUGUUCUCGAGGUGAAAGUGGAUCUGAAGCUGGAAGUGCAACGGGUGAACCAGAGGCUGGCAAAAAUCGAGGACAUGCUGCAAACGUUGAUGAGCAGGUUGCCCGCGGCCAGCCCACAGCAGCAAAAGAGCACGAACAAUUUUUCGACGGGUGGUAACGGUGGCUCCUCGCAGAAUCAGUCCGGCGGCCAGCCACAAGGUGGCUCCAGCUGUCAACAAGGCUCUCAAGCUACUCAAACGUCGGGUGGGAGUGUGAUCGGGGAGCAGAAGGUAUCUACGUCCACCUCGACGAGCGGAGGUGAAGUUUACAGGGAGCAGGGGACAACCACCGAAAGAAUGUCGUCCAAGUCCCAGGAGCACCAUCAUCAUCAUCAUCAUCAUCAUCAAUCGCAGUCGGACAGGUUGAAGGACAGUGAUUACAAGACUUCCUCGAGGGAAGUGAGCAAAGAAUUGUUGGAGAGACUUGCUCAGGCGACUACUUCAAGAGGGGACGACGGCACACCUCUUGGACCUUUGAUAUUGAGAAAACGAAGAAGCAAGUCGAGAAACAAAGGGGCCGCACCGUUGGCGCCGUUAGCCAGUCAACCGAUCAGUCCGUCGGAAGCGACAGAGACGACGCAGAUGCUCGAGUGCACCGACGAUAGGGAACAGAGCGCCGCGACGACAGACAGAAGCGAAAGGUCCGACAGAAAAAGGCCUCCGCCCAGGCCCAGAGAGUACUUGUGAAAGUUCUUAAGGCUCCGGGCGGUGGUCGUCUCGAGACUGAUCUUCUUCUAGCGAGAAUCGCAGGAAGGAAUUGCCGUUUUAUGGAAUAUUUUCAUUUUAAAGAUUAGAAUUAUACGGAAUUAUAAUAGGUGCGAAUUUGACAGGGUUUUGUUACGGAUCGAGAUUGUCCGAUUUGAGCAACGAUGGAGAAAUAAGUAAAGAAUACGUAUUUUGAAGGUUAUGUAUUUUGAAGGGGAUAGUCGUGCGUUUAUUUAUGUGAAAAGAGAAUGCGAGUUAUCGGGAAGUAAAUAAGUAUCGAGGAUUUGUGAUUGUUCAAAAAAAAUGAGAAAAGUUUAGACAAGUGAUUAGACAAGGAGAAUGACUAUUUUAGCGAACUCUUUUUAACAAAAUGAGACGAGUGUACCGGUAAAGUUAUAAUUUAUCUGUAAAAUUUCACCGUGUACAUUUUAAAAACAUGCUGCAUUAUCGCUACUCGCUUCGCGUCUGGUCUUUAACGAGCAUUCGUCGGUACACGCGAAAAAUGAGCCUGACUCUGAGAGAAGAAAGUGAAAGUUUAAUCGAAAUAGAAAAGAGAAAAAAUAAGAAGAAAAAAAAAGAGAGUAAAGAAGAAGGUAAUGUAGGAAAAAAAGUCGUUCGUGCCGAUGAAACGGUCCCGCUAAACUAUAACAGAACUUGGCAUAUUUUUGCAUGGCCAAAAACAAGCGAUUAAAAAAUAAAAAAAGUAUCAAAGAAAAAAGAAAAACAUAAAAAAGUAUAUCGAACUAUAUACUGCUUGCGACGGCUUCUUCGAGACAUCGAAACGUUAUAAACGAGAGGAUGAAAAACUAACAUUCAAAAUACUCACGUUGUAACAUGUAACGUUAACACACACUGUAAUCGUAGGUUUACACGCAUCUUUUAGGGGAUCUCAGCUAGAUUCGUGAUUGAACGCGAUAGAUUUUAAGUAACAUUAACAACAACCAACAACAACAACAACAACAACAACAAAAGAAAACAAGAAAUAAAAUUUAAAAAAAAACAAACGAAAGGAAAAAAGUGUGUGAAGAUAGAUAAAUAAAGGAAAAAUAAUUUGGAAAGGAAAUAACAGGUGUCAUCGUCAGAGAGGCGACGGAGAAAGUGAAAAUGAGGUUAAGUAAAAACUAAAAAUUAAUUCUCGAUCAGAUUUCGAUUCGUUCUAUUGAAAAAAAUAAUUUUUUGAUAAACGUUCUAAUUCUCUAACGAACAACGAUUUCAGCGUUUUGAAUUUUUUGUCGGUUAAGCAGUAAAUGUAAAAAAAUUUUGAAAAAUCGAUCGAGGAAAGGGAAUCGCAAGGCAAUUAUCGCGUUUUAAUUUUUUAAUUUUUAGAUAGUCCAACACCGUGACUCGAAAUGAAAAUAUAUGUUUUAUCAUUGCUUCGCUACAUCAUGUUCUUCCUUUUUUCGUAAUUUUUUUUAUUUUUUUUUUUGUCUAUUUCAUUCGAUAACUUCGCAAAAAAGGAAUUGGCGAGCGCGUAAACGUUGAUCGAUAGUUUUUUUCAAUAGUUCAGUCUUAUUGUAAACUGUAUGUGUGCUUGUGUGUAUUUAUGAACGCGUGUGUAUGUAUGUAUGUGAGUGUGCAUACGUGACCAAAAUCGGUUACGAGUAUGUAAAUUUUUGAGAAAAUUCGUUGCAGUGAACCUUGGGAGAACUUUUAUUAAUUAUUAUUAAUUUUAUACUGGCUGUGCUUGCUUAAGUUUAACUUGAUUAAAUUUUAAAUUAAAUUAUUUUUAUUUUUAUACUUGACUUCAUUGACUUUUUUCUUUUUUAUAUUAUUAAUAUAAAAUAUAAAUAUAAAUAAUAAAUAUAUAAUAAUAAUAAAAUCGAUAAGAGAUAUAAAGAUUGAUUUAUUUUAUUUUUCUUUUUUUUUUUUUUUUUUUGAGUAGAUUUAUUUAAAAACUGAUAUUAAAAGUACUCCUAUGGUCCACACUCUCACAUUUUGUAAGUUUCCCGUCAGAAAGUAUUCUCAUUACUCUUUUGAGAAGAGUAUCUCGUUUGUAAAACGAUUCGUGGACCAUCAUCCUCUUAAACGUCUUGAAGAAAAUAUAAAUAUCGUGUUAUUCAAAGAUAAAGCUAUGUAAUGAGGAAGGAUUCAAAGUAUAUUGAAAAAAAAAAAAAAAAAAAAAAGAGAAAAGGAAAAAGUUCUCGUAGGUGCCUAGAAGCUACCAGACAAAAAAAAAGUCAUCCUUAUUUUUUUAAGCCUAUUGAACGUUAUUGUUCCUCCUCGUUGCCUCAGCUUUAUCAUUCGACGCGUUAAAAAAAAAAAAAAAGGAAAAAGAAGAAAUAAAUAAAUAAUAUAAAAUCCAAAAGAACAAAGACGUUUCAUUUGAUAAUGGUUCUCGAAAUAAUUCCGAGACGCGAUGAUGAUAUAAACAAUUAUAAAUUGUUAAAAGUCAAUUCGGCCACGCUUCGAAUGGCUGCAUUCUUGUGCGACAAACAUACACGAUAAUUAAAUAUUAAAAGAAAAAAUUCUGCUCGCAUUUUGACCGAAUUCGAAGUAUGCAGCUUUUUGUGACGGUGAAGAUGCGUCUGAAACCAUUGUGAAAACUUAAAAAGAUUCCGUACAAUUUGUUACAUUGCAGAACAUGACCUAAUCCCGCGUUCACAUGGCAUUCACGAAAGCCAAACAGCAAUAUUAGGUGUAUAUAUAUAUAUCUUGUAACUACGCGACGUGUAUAUAUAUUCGUACAUACAUAUAUAUAUAUAUAUAUAUAUAUAUAUAAAAUAUAUAUAUAGAAGCAAGGAUGAGAAAACAAUGACGCGUGAUUCGUGUCAACGCGUUUGCAACGAGAAAAA